AUGGGUUUGAAAUUGAAUAUUGCAACCCUAUUGGUUCUUUUAAUUUUCACAACAUCGGCGGCCAAUGCCCAACCGACUGUCUUUAAUGUUGUGAAAAAGUACGGAGGAAAGGUUAAUGAAGAUAUCACCUUGCCCUUGACAAAUGCUUGGAAGGAUGCAUGUGCAACGCAGGGCGGAAGUAAAGUUGUGGUACCAGCUGGGACAUACAGGUUGGGCCCAGUACAGUUAAACGGUCCAUGCAAAAGCCCAAUUGAGCUUAAAGUUAGAGGCACUUUACAGGCCCCAGGAGACCUUAGUUUCUUCAAGUGGGGCAGUUGGGUUAGUUUUUUACGUGUCGACCAAUUAACUUUAUCAGGCAAUGGAACUUUUGAUGGCCAAGGAAAAUCUGUUUGGGGUAAAUACGGCGGUGCCCUCCCAAUUAACAUAAGGUUUGACUUCAUCACCAAUUCAAUUAUUCGGGGCAUAACAUCGUUGGACAGCAAACAGUUCCAUUUGCAUGUUUUUGCAUGCAAAAAUGUUACCCUAUUGCACUUAAAUAUUAGAGCACCUGGAGAUAGCCCCAACACUGAUGGAAUCCACAUGGGACGAUCAACUAGAAUCCGUAUAAUAGAUUCCAAAAUCGGAACCGGCGAUGAUUGUAUCUCUCUUGGUGAUGGAAACCAAGAUAUACUUAUCCAGAAAGUAACCUGUGGACCUGGUCAUGGGAUCAGCAUAGGAAGUCUUGGUAGGUAUGAGAAUGAAGAACCUGUGGUUGGGGUCAAAGUUCUUGAUUGCAAACUAAGAAAUACGAUGAAUGGUGUAAGAAUCAAAACAUGGCCUGCUUCCCUUUCUGGCAUUGCCUCUGAUAUGCAUUUUGAGAACAUUUACAUGAAAAAUGUCAGCAAUCCCAUCAUCAUAGAUCAAGUGUAUUGCCCAUGGAAUCAAUGCAAAGCACAGAUUCCCUCGAAGAUUAAGAUCAGCAAGGUUAGCUUCAAGAACAUACGAGGCACCUCUCAAACUAAGGAGGCCGUCAAGCUUCUUUGUAGCAAAGCAAUACCAUGUGAGAAUGUGGAGAUUAGUGACAUAGACCUCGCAUACCAGGGAAGCGAUGGCCCUGCGACAUCUCAAUGUACUAAUGUUAAUCCUACUAUUUUGGGCAGACAGAAUCCUCCUGCUUGUACUUUGAAAUAA